AUGGAUAAACUAAAUAAUUAUCCGUCUUGUAUAAAAAUUCCACCUGGAAAUUCAAAACAGAUUGUUACAAGUGGAAUUUUUUCACAUAAAUUUGAGAUAAAAGAAGCAGUAAUGCUUAAUGAGCAGUUAAUAUUAUUAGCAAAUCGCACUUUUGGUGAAGGAAAAUGGAAUCACACUGUUACUAAUCAAACAAUUGAUUUUAUUGAAGCUUUUAUGGGUAAAUAUGUAUGUGGGUGUGUGACAUUUGUUAAGAUUCAAUUACAAGAUGGAACAUUUCAUGAAGAUAUAGGAUAUUGUCAUGCAGAAGGAGCUAUGAAGGGUUUAUCAAUACAUUGUGCAAGAAUUAUGCCUUUAAGAAAGUAUUAUUAUAAAGAAGAUUUUCAAUGUUCAUUUCCUGAUUUACAAACUGAGAUAUUAGAACCAUGUGCUCAAUCAACUCCAUUUUUAAGUCAUAAAAAUGAUGAACAAAAAGAAAAAUCAGAUAAUAUUGUCAAAUUAAAAAGUCUAAAUGAUGAGAAGAGACAAAUAAUUGCACAACAACAAGUGGCAAGAUCAAAAAGUCCCACUGAACAAAAGGAACAGUAUAUACCAUCAAAAACUUCAAGUGAUUUGAAAAAUCAUUUACAGUCCAAUAGUACAAAUCACCAGAAGCAACAAAAUAAUGUACAAAAAGAACAAGAUUCAAUUCAAGUAUUAAAUGAAGAAGAAUUUCUAAGAAUGGAACGAAAACGGAAACAAAUGGAAAAACAAGCAGAAUAUAAAAGAUUAAUGAAGGAGAAAGAACAUCAAAAAUUUUAUGAUAAUAAAAAACUUAAUCCUAAAUAUUAA